GUAGCGGCAGUUCCGGUGGAGGAGGUGGAGGGGGUCCGGUGGACCCAGAACCGGACGGAGAGAGUUCGCCUCCGCUUUUAGGUACCAAAAACCGUGUCGAGGAAAAAAAACAACCGGUUCUGAUGGACAUCUGCACGACGUGAGAGUGGUGGAAGAUGAGUUCACAGCAGUACCAGAGAGCAGGACUGAACCCUGCACACACACACACCCCAAACACACCGGGGGUCCAAACCAAGCAGACCAGCACAGGUCAUGAGGACGGUGGGCGUGACUCGGGUCUCGGGUCCUCCCUCAGAGACGAUAAGCAGGAGCCGGUGGUGGUACGACCGUAUGGAGCGACGUCCUCCGCUCCUCCGUCGCUGUCCCAGCACCUCCCCGUCGCCUUCACAGAGGGACCUGGCAAGUCUGCUCUGAAGACUCCUGUUCCUAGCCGUGUAAUUGCCCCAGCCCCAGCCCCGGCACAGGGGCAUCUCACCCUGCCUCACAAAGUCCCCGCUCACAUCACCGUCACCAUGGAGAGCGCCAUGCCGCAGGCUUCCGGGAUCCCGGUGGCCACCAUCAGCGGGCAGCAGGGUCACACUGGAAACCUGCAUCGCAUCAUGGCCGCCAAUUUGCAGAUUAUCCGUAGCGGGACUCCGGCACUGCAGUUCGGCUCCUCGGCUGCUCCACAGCACCAAUUUCCUUCACAUUUACCCAGAGGAGCUGCGGCCGCUGCUGUAAUGUCCAGUUCAAAGGGGGCGACUGUGUUGAGGCCGGCGUCCGGACCGAGUAACACUGUGGGACCGCCGACGGUGCAACACAUCAUUCACCAGCCCAUUCAGUCGCGUCCGAUUGUCACCACGUCCACGGCGGUCCUGCCCACAGUCGUGGCUCCGGUGGCAGCCACCAGGCCUCAGUCUCCUGUAAUCAGCACGGUGACGGCUCACUCUGGAGAGUUAGUGCACGGACGCUCCGCCAUUACCAUCCACCCUCCUCCUGCGACCCUGAGUAUCCAGAGAGCUCCUCACGCUCGGGACACGCCCACUCGCAUCACACUUCCAUCACACCCAGCUAUCGGCGCUCAGAAGCCCCUCCCACACUCCAUGGCACAGAAACCGAUCUUUAGCACUGUGACUCCUGUCGCCGCGGCAACCGUGGCCCCAAUCCUGGCCACCAAUACACUUUCAUCCACUACAACUACAGGUUCCAUGACCCAGUCCCAGGUGUCUACCAACAACAUAGUAACAGUGACCAUGGCCUCUCAUUCCACUCACACCACUGCAGUGACCACCUCCACCAUCCCCGUGGCGAAGGUGGUGCCCCAGCCCAUCACACACACCUCUCCUCGUAUCCCAUCUGAGUUCAGUGGAGAACGAGGGAACCUCAUCCCCAUCUCAGCCCAUCGCGCCUCCCCAAAUCCUACCGCUGUCAUGGAGAACCGCAGCGACGCCAGGCAGUCUGUUCCUAUGCAGUUUCAGUACUUCCUUCCAACUUACCAAUCAGCUUCUUAUCCGCUGACACACACCUACACACCCAUCACCAGCUCGGUGUCCACCAUACGCCCGUAUCCAGCUCAGGCUCCCUCUGCUGCUCAGCCUGGUAUGGGCGUGGCCUCGGCUGUCCAUCUGAACUCCAUGCAGCUGAUGACGGUGGAUCGCAUCGCUCAGAUCAACACGCAGAACACGCAGCCGGCGGUCGCAGCGGCGCAGGGAGGCCAAAACGCAACCAUAGCGGCUCAGGGGCUUCACCCCAACGCCUCAAUCGCCACGCAGAACAUCCAGGCUGCUCCCAUCAACCCCCAACAAAACCAAAGUGAGGUCAAGACUUCAGUGGUGCUGACCGACGCCUCCGCUCUGGUCGCCAACUCCAUCCACAGCGGCUUCAACGCCAGUCAGCCUGUCGCCACGGUAACACAGACGCACUCACAGGGGGGCGGGGCCGGGACGCCGGCACUCGCCUCGUCUCCUCGACCCAGCAUCCUCCGCAAAAAACCGGCCGGUGAUGGAACUGCUGUGAGAAAAAACCUGAUGGUGGCUCAGUUGAGUGACUCCUCCAGGAUGGACGGAGGUCUGAGGAAUGCUGCAGGAUCGCCACGACCAUCUGGAGUGAAAUCCAAACCUGAGGUCCUCUUGGGUUUGGCUCCUCCUCUUCCCGCUGCAGUGGAUGUCAUGUCUGGACAAAGCGGCGAGCAGAACGCAGCCCCGCCUCCUUCUCAAAUUCCUUCCCAGUCCGGAUCUUCUCUCCUGGCUUCGGUCACACCUCCUUCUCAGCCUGUCCCUGCUGCUAUGGCUGUGACUCCGCCCAUCCCUUCUUUGGCCAAUGUUGUGGCGCCGCCUUCUCACCCAGCAGCCAGUAGUACCGCGGCUUGUGCGGUUAGCUCUGCCCUUCCAGAAAUUAAGCAAGAGGCGACGCCCAUGGACACCUCCAAGCCAGUGCCUCCAGCGCCUCCUAGCGGCACUCCUGUUCUCUCGGUGUCGGCUGCAGAGCUCACACCCGGAGCUUCACCCAGGAAAAAGCCCCGGAAGCAGCAGCACGUCAUCUCCACUGAGGAGAGCGAGAUGGUGGAGACCAACAGCACAGAUGAAGAGAAACCUCCCGUCAAACCAGUCAGCCACCGACCCGAGAAACGCAAAUCGCCUCCUAAAGAGUACAUCGACGAGGAGGGCGUGCGCUACGUCCCCGUCCGAAUCCGUCCUCCCGUCACACUUCUGCGUCAUUACCGUAACCCCUGGAAAGCUGCUUAUCAUCACUUCCAGAGAUACAGUGACAUCCGGGUCAAAGAGGAGAAGAAAGGAAGCCUACAGGAUGUGGCCAAUCAGAAGGGCGUCAUGUGUCGAGCUCAGGGAUGGAAGAUCCAUCUGUGUGCUGCUCAGUUGGUGCAGCUGUCGAAUCUGGAGCACGACGUCUACAGCCGUUUAACGAGUCUGCAGGAGGGCCUGGUCCCUAAGAAGAAAGCAUCAGCAGAUGACGGUCUGCACCGCAUCAGCGAGCUCAUACAGGGUAACAUGCAGCGCUGCAAGCUGGUGAUGGAUCAGAUCACGGAGGCUCGCGAGUCCAUGAUGAAGGUGCUGGACCACAGAGAGCGAGUCCUCAAGCUCCUCAACAAGAACAGCAGCACCAAGAAGCUCCAGAAGCUCCAGAAACGCAAAGACAGGGCGUGACACACACACACGGUAGCCGGCAACCAUCACACCUCAGUCACGUCACGUCCGGCACGGAAUAAACAGUUCCGAGGAAAAGAAAACCGGCAGAGGAGCGCAUUAAAACCUGGAGAAGCUUCUCCCUCUCUCUUUUCCCUCUCCCUUUCUCUACAUCUGUCCUCGAGCUGGACGUGGUUAGCAUUACUGUCUUUACGUCAGCCUUACCUCCACUACAGAACACACACACACACACACACACACACACACACACACACACACACACACACACACACACACACGAGGGACAGUCUCAGUUCCUCCACACUAUAUGUACACUAGAGGGUGCUGGAGAUGGUGAAAAAACCCUCUAUAAUAUAGGAUUAUAUAAUAGUUAUAAUAGGAUUUGAUAGGACAAUACUUGAAGACGUUUUUUCAUGAUAUGACGUAUCAUAUAUAAUAUGCUAUCGAUAGUUCCAUAUUAAACAAAGAAACGAUUAUUUAUCUUCUAAUUAAUAAAUAAAAUGUAUUAUUCAGAGUUAUCGUACAGCCUGAACGGAAACAUGUCGAUCUCUUCUUCCAAACUGUAUGCUAAAAGCGUUUACACGUAGGUGAUUGUUUCGGACCCCCGUAAUGAUCCAGGGGUGGACAAAUCCAAAGUUCAUAAAGAGGUUAAUAGGAGGUGGUAUUAAAAGGUUUUGAGUUUAGAUCCCCACAGUUCUGGUCGCUUUCGCCAAAUGACCCGGCAUUAGAACUCGCUAUUGACGGAGUGGCCCCCUGGGGACAAAUUCUCCAUGCGCGACCUGCCUCACCUUUUCCGGUUGCGGAGACGUUGGACUCUUCCACUGUGAAGACUGUCGUGUCAGGAUCGUACCCACACCCGAGGUUGGAGUUCCUCCUGCUCCUGGGUAAGCAGCCUGAGGAACACGGCAGCAACACGGCACAUGUACAAAUCACGUGUGACACAACGACAAAGGCAGCAAUGCUGUGGCUUGUUCUCCGGCGAUCAUCAUGCACGAGUUUCGACAUUAUCGGGGGUCGAGCUCGUUAAAGGUCUUCUUGAUUUCUCGCCAUCUUCCGGUGAUCUUCUCCUGCUCUUGAAGCACGGCGUGCUGCUCAGAACACCUUGAACGACUCGUUGCUGCGUCGCCGUAAACUUGCCGAAUCAAGUCGCAACCUCCCUGUGGCGUAUUUGCCCAGUUUCACACAGAUUUUCACUUUGCUCUUUGUUCUAACUUGUGAUGAAAUCGCAGACGCAAUCACGCACCGGUCGCACGGCUCCCGAUGAACACAGGACGAUGUCUGGCGCACUUAUGAAGGUCGGUGCUCCCUGUAACUGUGUGCGCAUCCUGGUGGCGUGUUUCAAAACCUUUUUAAUACCACCUUGUAUCAUACUGUAAUUAAGGAUGUUUAGAAAUUCCGUAAACACAAGGAUAGCUGGGCGCAUUAGUAGAAAGAAAGCGUAUAAAAUCCCCUCAACCCCCAAACCAUAACAUUUGUAUUAAAGGUGUUUGGCUGACGCCGUUAUCCAUAUUAUUAUAACUGGUAACCAACAGUGGUGGUGCUGGGAUGUGAACCCACGCACUAAUGUUCCCGAGUCUGAAACGUGGUGCCACGUGUGCAGUAACCCUACAUAUGAAUGCUGAUAUGAUCCUCCCCCUUUUGUUUUGGCAAAAGCGCCACUUUUCUUUUUCUUUCUUCUCUUUUUGGGGGUGUGGCUUUGUCAAUCAGUGUUAAGAGCAUGAUUGAGAUCAGGGAGGAGGUAAGGAGGAUUAUUCAUCAAGUGCUGAGAGGGUUGAGGAGGUCAGGACACUCGAGUUCUUCUAAUCCAACUUUCACAUCAACAUGGAGCUCAGGUAUCCUUGUGCUGGAGCAGUAAUAGUGUCUCCUAGGUGUUGAGGAACCUGUAGUUCUACAGUGUGCAGCUUCAGACUUGGUUGGGUUUGGUAAUGGGGGGUGCACAUACUUUUGUUUAUAUAUUUUACAGACCCAGACUGUAUAAAUAUCCUUGUUUGAGAACAGUAGCAGCCUGGACAGUGUCUUCUAUGAUUUCUGAUUUGUCCACCCUUGGACUCGAGUAUCUUUAGAUUAAGUCGGAUGUGUAGUUUUUUUUUUCCAUUUGUCUCUUUAAUUAUAUAAAAAAAUGUAUAUAAUAAAUA